ACCCUAAAGAUCCGAGAAAGUAUUUUCGCACGAUAGACAUAAAUUAUUUAAAUAUCUCCCAAAUAUUUAUAUAAACACAUCAGUCGCAGCUGCAACAAUAUACUAAUGAAACUUAUACAAAAGGCUGAGAAGAAUAGUAACGUUAUUGUUGUUUAUAACACAAAAAUUUACAUCUGAAAAAUACAAAGUUUAUACAUUUUUAUAAAGUCCGUAGCGACUCGGAGGAAUAAAAGAAGAAUUUAUAAUUAAAAUACCAAAGGAUGAAACCAGCGAGGAUUAACAUUUAUUUUAUUAAAUAAAAUGAAAUAAAGCGAAAAAAAGUGAAAAGAAGUCAAAUAAAUCUAUAUUACAGUAGGAGACGGUACAGCCGAGUGUACGAAUGAUGGCUGCAGUGCAAGUGCGCGAAGAUUUACGAAGCUCGUCGGGAGGGACGAUGACCAAGCCAAGCAAAACUUCUUCUACUUUCGAGAAAAAUAAAACUAAUACAUUUUAUACUGAAACUUCCAUCUGGCCGAGUAGUAUUUCAUAUCCUCAGCCCGCCUAUAACUCUUCACUUGCAUUGAAUACGACACCAACUGCAUGGAUGUUUGGCGACAAUAAUACCGAUUUUUAUUACCAAGAGGCAGAAGAGCAUUGUCACGAUAUCGAUGUAGUCAGUAAUACCUCUUACGGCAAUAUAACCUGUGAAUCACCCAUUGAAUAUGCGGUACCAUUGUACGGCUAUUGUAUGCCUUUUCUCUUAAUCAUCACUAUGCUAUCUAAUUCGCUAAUAGUAGUGAUACUGAGUCGUAAAAAAAUGGCCACACCUACAAAUUUCGUACUAAUGGCGAUGGCAAUUUGUGAUAUGCUGACCAUAAUAUUUCCGGCUCCUGGCCUUUGGUAUAUGUACACGUUUGGCAAUCACUACAAACCCUUGUAUCCCCCAUGGUUAUGUUUAACGUAUAACAUAUUUCAUGAGAUAUUGCCUACUAUUUGUCAUACAGCAUCAAUUUGGUUGACGUUGGCUUUGGCUAUACAAAGAUACAUUUAUGUCUGUCAUGCUCCUAUGGCUCGUACUUGGUGCACAAUGCCACGUGUUAAACGCUGCACUUUAUAUAUAACACUAGUCUCGAUUUUGCAUCAAAGCAGUCGUUUCUUUGAUCGAACUUAUCUACCGUUAAAUAUUAUAUGGAACGGCGAGCCAGUUGAAGUGUGCACCUUCGAUUACUCUGAUUGGGUGCAAUACGUCGGCGUAGAUCUUUAUUUUACAAUUUACUUUUUAUUUCGUGUACUUUUCGUCCAUUUGAUACCGUGCAUAUUAUUGGUAACAUUUAAUAUACUUCUCUUUGCGGCGAUGCGUAAAGCUCAGGAGCGUAGAAAACUUUUAUUUAAAGAGAAUCGUAAACGUGAAUGUAAGAAACUGCGUGAGACAAAUUGUACCACAUUGAUGUUAAUUGUGGUGGUAACGGCUUUUCUGGUAGUCGAAAUACCUCUCGCUGUGGUCACUGCUAUGCACAUUGUCGUCAGUCUAAAGAAAUUCACUAUGGACUAUAGCGUGAUUAAUGUUUUGAUUAUUUUUACAAAUUUUUUUGUGGUCGUCAGCUAUCCAUUAAAUUUUGGUAUUUACUGCGGCAUGUCCCGGCAAUUUCGUGAAUGUUUUAAAGAAAUUUUCUUGGGCCGUAUAACGGUGAACAAAGAUCAAAUGUCGAAAUAUUCAAUUGUGAAUGGUCCCCGCACUUGUACGGCCACCAAUGAAACUGUGCUUUAGUAAAAAUUGCUGUUGGGGCCGUUACGCAAAAGUUGGCAACAUCGUCGUCGCAGACGACGUUCAAGUAGUGCUUGCAGCGCCACCACAACAGAUAUUGGUUUUUAUGAAACAAAUAUUGAUAAAGUGGUAAGCGAGAUCGACGCCAAAACCAAACGUCGCCCUUCGAGUCGUAACAGUGAAUACCAACAAAUUGUGGUUAUGGAUGUAAUCAACGAAGACAAGGUAACUAUUUAAGUUUAAACUUAUUAAGGCCAUACAUAUAUAUGUACGUUUUGUUAAAUUUUUAUAAAAAUAAUAACUUAAUAACUUUUUAAAGAUUUUCUACAUGCGUAUUGAACUUUUUAAGGAGUACAAAGAAAUAUUUGGAAAAAUUUUAUUUUUUAACUUAAACGCAAAAUAUUGUACACAUAAGUAAAAAUAACAA